UAGAAUCCAGCGAAUUACAUAAAACAGUGUCGAAGGAUAAUUUUCCGACACACUCUUCUGGGCACGAAAAUCGGAUUGCCCCGGUUUGGUUAUCCUUCCGUGUUGGUAGUAAAUCUUCCGGUCACACCAUGGCCUCCAUCCUGCGCUCCUUUGCAUCGGCUGUCGCCAAGAGCGGUGUACUGAACGCCAAUGGUCUAACCCGGGCGGCACCGGCCGUAAUGCUGCGUUAUAAAUCGACCGAACCGGCAGCAGAAACGAGACCCACCGUCCGCAAACCGGAUGCCGCCGCUCGUUCGGAGCUAUCGGAUUUUGGCAAGUACGUUGCCGAGUGCCUGCCGAAGUACGUGCAGAAGGUGCAGCUAACGUCCGGCGAUGAGCUGGAGGUCCUGAUCGCCCCGGAAGGUGUCGUGCCGGUGCUGCAGUUCUUGAAGGAUCACCAUAAUGCACAGUUUGCCAAUCUAGUCGACAUUGCCGGUAUGGAUGUGCCAUCGCGUCCGCAUCGCUUCGAGAUCAUCUACAACAUUCUCUCGCUGCGCUACAAUUCUCGCAUUCGCGUGAAGACCUACACCGACGAGUUGACCCCGAUCGAUUCGUGCAAUGAGGUAUUUAAAGCGGCCAACUGGUACGAACGCGAAAUCUGGGACAUGUACGGAGUGUUCUUUGCGAACCAUCCGGAUCUGCGCCGCAUCCUGACCGACUACGGUUUCGAGGGACAUCCGCAGCGUCGCGACUUUCCGCUCAGCGGCUACGUUGAGCUGCGCUACGAUGACGAAAAGAAACGAGUCGUCUGUGAACCGCUUGAGCUGGCCCAGGAGUUCCGCAAGUUUGACUUGGCGGCACCGUGGGAACAGUUCCCCAAUUUCCGUAACGCCAAUCCGGCCUCCGAAGAGAUUGCUACAAAGCCGGCGGAAAAGUAAAUAGUGUUCAAAGAAACACACUGUACACGAUGGGCAAUUUGAGAGUAAUUGUGUUUGGUUGAUAGGAUGAAAUAUAACUGGAUAAUACUGUAAAAUCGUAUAUGAAGGUACUUCAA